AUGUCUUAUUACAGCGGGUGCUUUGCAGAGCCCGCGACCUUCAACUAUACGAACAAUUAUUGGGUGUGCAUCGAUCCCUCCUUGAGACACAUUAGCAGACCACGUCUCUACAUUCUACUUCCUCUCACUGCAAUCUUAUUCUCUCUGCAACUUCGAUCUGUAAUGGCGAUUUCUCUUUACGCUAAUGUCUCUACCAUGACAGUACCUUCCACCAACCUAUCCAAAAUUAAAAAUUCUCCGUUGCCAUUCAAACGCUACCUCUUUAUUCCAAACUUUAAAGUAAGCUUUCCUUUUUCUCCACCCAAAUUUCCUUCCAUAAAGACUUUCGCACCACCUAGCUUCAUCUGCUUGGCUUCUAAAAACCAAACUGAGCCGGCACCUCUCUAUAAGUCUGUAACAUGCACUGCCCCUCCCACCCUUGCCAACUUUGGUAGCAGAUUUGAGUUGAUCAGCUGCGCCAUCUCUGGUAGCGGUGACAUGGUUACGGUGAUUGUGAAUCCAUUUGUCAAAGGCAGAAAGGUUUUCGUCACCAAUAUGGUUAGUAUGAAAUUGAAAAACCUACACAAACUCAAAGAGCCUUUGAGCUACUCAGCCACCUUUGCGGCGUUGGCUAUGAUGCAGUUACUUAACGUUAAGUCCAUUGGUUUGUAUAUUACAAUAGAAAAAAGUAUAGCGACAAGAGCCGAUCUGGGGUCGACAGCAGCCAUGGCCGCUGCCGCCAGUAUGGCUGUUAAUGAGUUAUUCGGCGCCCCACUACCAAGGAGUGACCUAGUGCCUCUGAUAAUCGAUUCGGAGACCAAAGUUUCAAAUUACAGUUAUAACGUUGCAGCAGACAUUUUAGGUGGAUUUAUUAUUGUUGGAGUCUAUGGGACAGAAAUUACUGAAAGUUUGUCGGAGAAUUCGGACUACAAAAUGCUUGGUGAAGAAGUUGCAAUUUCAUUUUGUGUGUCUUCAAUCUUGGAGACUGAUCCUGUGGGGUUUGGUAAAGCUAUAUCGUAUAAUGGUCCGAUGAAGGUUUCUGUAAUCCCAGGUUGGAAAUCAAUUAAAAAGGUGGCGAUAGAAGCGAGAGCUAACAACUGCAGUACAGUAGUUUUGGGACUUGCGAUGGUGGCUGUCACCAACUGUUUCGCUAAGGGCAAACUGAUCGGUGUGAAGAUGUCGAAAGAGUGUGAGAAGUAA